AUGCUGAUUAACUUGAAUGUAGGAGCCAAGGAAAACCGCUUUCAUGGAGUCUCUGCUACGAUGCACGAGAAGAGCCCGGCUCUGACGGAUAGAUUCGGCACCCCGUUCUCUCGCCAGGAUGUGACCCGAAGGUCCAAGCUGAGGAAUUUUAACUGGGACGCUAUUCCCAAGGAUCGGAUUUUGGGGAAGAACAGCGUGUGGAGUGAUGUGCAGAGCGAUGAUUUUCAGAUCGACACCACCAGCAUGGAGGAGCUGUUUGGGAGGAAGGAGAGUGCGUCGCCGGCCAGGACGAACAUCGUCCGUAGAAGCCUGCGCUGCAGCUCGCCCAUUGAUACCAACAAUGAGAAGGUGUCUCUGUUGGAUGCAAAGAGGAGCAUGAAUGUGGGGAUAUUUCUAAGGCAGUUCAAAAGGGCGGUGACCGAUAUUAUCGAGGACAUCAGACAAGGAGUCGGCCAGUCUUAUGGCUCAGAGAAAAUGACUGAACUCUGCAAACUGCUGCCAGAGAAUGAAGAGGUGAAACGUUUGAAGUCUUUCCAAGGAGAUCGCAGCAAGUUGGGGGAGGCUGAUCUUUUCAUGGUGUUGAUCGUGGAAGUGCCCAGUUUUCAGCUGCGUCUGGAAGUCAUGGUUUUAAAGGAGGAGUUUGAGCCUCAUGUGACCUCGCUGUGUUCCGCGGCCAGCACGCUCAAGCAAGCAGCUCAGGAGCUCUUGAACUGUCCGGAGCUUCACACAAUUCUACGGCUUGUGUUGAAGGCAGGAAACUACAUGAAUGCUGGAGGGUAUGCUGGCAACGCUGCUGGAUUUCGAAUUGCAUCCCUGCUGAAACUUGCCGACACGAAAGCCAACAAACCGGGGAUGAAUCUCCUGCACUUUGUGGCCAUGGAAGCUCAGAAGAAAGACAAACUGCUUCUUUCAUUCCCUGACAAACUGAGGCACGUGGGCCCUGCCAAUAGGUUAUCAGAAGACUCUGUUCUGGAGGAGCUGUGCCGGUUACAGCGCAGAGUGGAUGGGUUGCAGAACAAUCUGCAGGGUGAGGCCGAGCUGAGGGCUCAGACACAGCCCUUUUUACAGGCUGCAGAGUCAAGGCUCUUGCAGGCUCAGGGGGAGGUGGAGGACAUGAGGCUGGCCAGUCAGUGCCUGGUCGAGUUCUUCUGUGAGGAUGGUGACACGUUCAAGCUUGAGGAAGCCUGCAAGGUCUUCCAGAGCUUCUGUGAAAAAUUCAUCAAAGCUGUUCAGGAGAACUGGGAGAGGGAGCUGCAGGAGUUGAGACGGGUGCAGCGACAGGAAAGGGAAGAGGAGGGUUUAGAGAAGCGGCGCUCAAUCGCCACCUGCUCAGCGCUGGAGGUGGGGUUGGGGCGGACCGCCUCGGAUGAUGACCUGGAGCUAACGCUGGAGAGGAAUCUGCGCAACUCAUGGAAGAGGCGCAGCUUCCGCCCCAGAGAGCCCCGCCCCCAGCUGAGCAUCCUGGCCAAUGAAGACUCAAGAAAGAGGCUAUACUCAUCAGAGGUGCUGCCCUCUGUACUGCCGGAGAAGACCACAGUGGAGACCAAGGAGUUUGUUCAGGAAGACUGCCCUGCCCAGAGCGCCCAAUUCAUGCGGCAGGUAACAGAAAGAGUCCUGAGCCAACAGAUGAGCCUCAGCGCCUCUGGACAAGGCAAAGCUGCUGCUGCAGCAGUGAAUGUCCCAAACCCAGUGGAGGAAGGACUGCAGGAGUGUGUGCGCCCGCAACCAGAGUACCCCAAAGUGGGAGCGUCACUGGAGUGCCACACGCUGGUGAGAGGGCUGAAGUCGUAUGAUAACGUGUCCUCGGCGGUACAGCAGCCUGCGCCCAGCCAUUGCUCUAAAUGGCGACGGGAAUCAACAGCGUUGCAAAGAGAGGUGAUGGAGAGCGAGAGGAAGGGAAAUGUGAGGACAAUAAUGGAAUCUGAAAGUAAGAGUUUGAAGGUUUGUGGAAGUGAAACAAGGGAGCGAGGAGGAGCAAGUACGGUCUUUCAGCAGAAGGAAUUGGAAGCGAGUAAAAACAAAGACUCUGUUAAAGACAGGAUUAAAAUGAAUGCGGCUGGCACUGUGCCGAAGAAAUAUCGGUCUUUGCAAGAGCGGAGCACAGCCCUCGUGGGCUCUCUGAGGCAGAAGGGAAUUAAGCUGGAGGAGCCGGUGCCUGCUUCGCCACGAGACUCAAAGCUGCCGUUAUUCCCCCGUGGUGGAUUGCGCAGUACUAUGCCGCACAGGCCAGCUGUGUUAGCCUCUCAGGACGUCGGACGUCCCAGCAGCUUCAGGGAAAAACAGAAUGUGCCCGGUAACACCCCCGAACCCAAAAUCAAAUCCCUGAGGCGCCCAGCUGAAAAAACUAAACUGGACAAGGAGAAGCCAAUUGUGUCACCAAAAAGCAUUUCCCAUGCUUCUUCACUGAGAAUUCCCAAAAGAGUCUCCAGUGGGCCCGACUCAACUUCCGCAGGUACAGGGAGUGGGCAGCAUGGGCGGUCACCUCAGUCCAGUUCUGCUGGUGUGAGAACAAGAACUGCAGCAGCUGCUGUGCCAGCCGCCACUAAGCUUGUGAAGCACUGUGAGCCCAGCUCGCCCAGUCCUAGGACUGCUGUAGGCCGACCGGGUAAGAGUCCUAAAGGAACAGGCCUGCCCACUUGGAAAUAAGAGUGGAAUACAUUCCAGGUGCAACCACCUUACUUUACACUCACCUGGGACAUCACAGGAGACAAGGCAGGAGGACUUUAUUAGGAAGAAGAAAUUGAUUGAUGGAGUGAGUAAUUCAUAACCCUUGGGCCGUACACAGUCAAAAGAGGCAGAGAUUGUUAUUUAUUUAAUACAUUUACAUCUAUUAUAAACAGUGGGGCUUCAGUCAUCAGCAGAAAUCAAGCUUACCUCAGUAAGACCCUAGAGAUCCGGAUUCCUCCUUAGCUCAGGAGUUGGAGGUGACCAGCAAGUUCACGGUGUUGAUUGGUUCAUCUGCUUUCCAUUUAGCAAAAUCCUUGGAACAAUAUUCUUGCUUUGCACAUGUGCAAUUAUCCAUAUUUAAAACGUCCUUCCACAUAAAGCCAACAUUGUUGAAUUGUCAGAAACCACAGUACACUACAGCAGUCAAUAAUUACAAGUUUAAUUGAAACUCUAAGGUACAAAAAGGUUCCAUUUUAUUUAUGUAUUUCCAGUAAAAUUAUCAAUUUAGUUUUCAUGAAUUUUAGUUUAAUUUGAAUUUAUUUUAAGCAUGUACACAGCUCAAGUAAUCCACUGUUGGACAGUGGAUUAUUUACCCUAAUCAACACUGUUCGAUUUCUCUUGUGUAGUAAAGAUGGUGACUGAAGUGCACUGCACUUUAAAAUCUGUACUUUUUUUUACUACCCCCCCCCCCCCCCC